UUGUCAGUAGAAUUUUUAGGGGGAGGGUUGAUGGCGAGGAGCGAGAGCUCGACUCAGACAUCCCUCUGCCUGUCCCCCUCUGCUGUCACUUGGCUGCCGGUGGACUCCACACGUACAGCCAAAUGUCCGGCCGCAGGGUUGGCUUCUGUCUCAGCGAUAAGAAGCGGAGGAGGAUGAACCUGGACGCUUUUGCAGACUUCUGUGCGGGCUAUGGAGUGGAAGUGGUCGAGAUUGAUCUUACUCAGCCACUGGUGCCCCAGGGGCCCUUCGACGUCAUCGUUCACAAGCUGUCUGAUGUCAUCGUGGAGGCUGAGUAUGACAGCCAGUCGCAGCAGCUCCUUGCCAGCUUCCAGAGCUAUGUGGCAGCUCAUCCCAGCACAGUUCUUCUGGACCCCCUGCCUGCCAUGACCCAGCUACUGGACCGCUUCGCCUCUUAUCGAAUUAUGACCAAGCUGCACAAUUCACUCCGCGACUGGCGUAUCUGCAGCCCUCCUUACCUAGAGAUCCACAGUGCCAGUGACCUGUCAUCUAUUCAGCAGGCUGUGAUGACCCAGGGCCUAAGCUUUCCUCUCAUUUGUAAAACCAGAGUGGCCCAUGGUUCACUUUCCCAUGAGAUGUCUCUGAUCUUCAGUGCAGGAGGUCUGGCUGAUAUCCACCCACCCUGUGUGCUCCAGAGCUUCGUCAACCACGGAGCUGUUCUGCACAAGGUGUUUGUUGUAGGAGACAGGCACUUCUGUGUAGAGAGGCCCUCUCUCAAGAACUUCCCCUCCGGUCCCUGUGACAGAAAGACAAUCUUUUUCAACAGUCAUCAGGUGUCCAAGCCAGAGUCAAGCUCUGAUCUCACAGCAUUGGAUGAGCAGAUGCCCUGCCUGCCUCCUCCCAGCUCUGAGGCUGUGGCCGCCCUGGUCAGAGAGCUCCGAGUUCAGCUUGGCAUGGCUCUGUUCGGCGUGGACGUCAUCAUCAACAUACACACACACACCCUCACCGUCAUCGACAUCAACAUCUUUCCAGGCUACGAGGGAGUGCCCCAGUUUUUCUCCUCCCUGCUCAGCCACAUUGAGUCAGUAUUGGACAAACAGACCUCUGCUGGCCCACAGGCCACUGGCUCUCCUGAGUCAGAACAAACUACAGGUGGUCCACCUGCUGCAUCAACCGCUCUUUGAGACACCUCAGCAACAGAUGACCGAUUGUUCUGUUUCAUCAGCUUCCUAGGACAAAUAAGGUCACAGGCACAGGCUUUUUCACUGUUUUGUUGGGACU